CAAAAAUCAAGCAAGUAAUAAUAAAAAUCUGUCAACUGAUUUUCAAAAUCUACCUACUAAAAAUCAACCAACUAAAAAUCAACCAACUAAAAAUCAACCAAGUGACAUUCAAAAUCAACCAAAUAUCAUUAACAUUCAGCAAAAUGAAACAAAAAUUCAACAAAAUGACAAUAAUAAUCAACAAACUGACAAUAAGAAUCUACAAAAGGAUAGUAAAAUUCAACUUAAUUUGGAAUCUGAAAAGAUAAAAGCCCCAGAGAAAGUGAAAGUAGUAAAAAGAGGAAGAAGUAAUCUAAAAGGCAACAAUCCAAAUAAAUCUAAAAAUAGAGUUAGUUUCGAUCCAUUAGCCUUGUUAUUAGAUGCAUCACUGGAAGGGGAACUUGAGAUGGUGAAAACAACAGCUUCACAGGUAGCAGACGUGAGUGCCCCCAAUGAUGAAGGUAUUACAGCUUUACACAAUGCUAUUUGUGCUGGUCAUUAUGAAAUUGUAAAGUUUUUGUUAGAAUUUGGUUGUGAUGUGAACUCUCCAGAUAGUGAUGGCUGGACACCAUUACACUGUGCAGCAUCUUGUAAUAAUCUACCAAUGGUAAAACUAUUAGUGGAACAUGGUGCAUGUAUAUUUGCUACUACUAUUAGUGAUCAUGAAACAGCAGCUGAGAAAUGUGAAGAAGAUGAAGAUGGUUAUGAUGGUUGUUCUGAUUAUCUUUAUAGUAUACAAGAGAAACUGGGUAUAAUGCACAAUGGAGAGGUUUGGGCUGUUUUCGAUUAUGAAGCAGCUAUCACUGAUGAAUUGAGUUUCGCAAUCUGGGAUAAAAUGAUAGUAUUAAGGAAAGGAGAUGAGAAAGAAAAGGAAUGGUGGUGGGCAAGAUUAGAUGGAAAAGAAGGAUAUAUAGCUAAAAAUUUACUUGGGCUAUAUCCCAGAGUUCGGCCUAAAUCUCCCUAA